UGGCACACACGAGGAUCGGACGAGCCGGGCAUGACACAUAUAGCCACAAAGUCGCUAUACCAUCUAGGCUUCUGUGAGUACACUCUGGGAUGAUCCCACAAUGACAAAAUCACCUAGUAAUGCGUUUCUCAGAACGUAUCCCUGUCAGUAAGCAACGCAUGACUGUAUUGAUUCUAGUAAGUGAAACUAUACUGUACAUACAUUAUUUCUACUUUCUAUAUGCUGUGUAUCAUAUAAUUCCUUAUUUUACUAUAUGUUAGUGUUUUUUUCAAGUUUUAAGUGUAAUUCGAUAUGAUUUGACAGGUUAUAGGCUUAGAACAAGAAGGUACAGAAACUGGAUGGAUUUAAUAGGUUAUUUUUUGUUUUUAGGAACAAUUCUUACCAUAUAAAUUAACACUAUUCAUCAUUUAUGAUGUUGGUGGGCUGGGGAUGGUGUCCCCAUCCUUAAAUUUCUCAAAUUUUCCCAGCCUAUGAUUGGAUUUGCAUUCGUGUGGUGGCUCAUUAUGGACUGGACCACAUUUUCGUUGCUGUGGUUCUCCCAAAUGUCCAGCGAUUGAGAAACCCAGGUUUUGGGGAUCAGCAGAAAGGGUGGUAAUGAGUUUAACUUGUGGCUGUGCCUCUGGUGGCUUAUUAGUGAAUAAGAAAGUGAACUGAUUGUGUUCAGGUCAACAGCACGAGACAAGGCCACUUUGUCUGGUUUGGGGAUCACCCACAUAGUGAAUGGCGCAGAUGGACGCAUCCGCUCCCCCGUCUCUCUCUACAAUGAUAUGGCCAUCACUUGUUAUGGGGUUCAAGCUGCCGACCAUCCAAGUUUCGACCUUAGCCCAUUCUUCUACCCAACAGCUGCAUUCAUCCAGACUGCACUGUCCCAGAAAGGAAGGGUGUUGGUGCACUGUGCUAUGGGGGUGAGCCGGUCAGCCACCCUGGUGCUGGCGUAUCUCAUGAUCCGCGAAAGGCUCCCCCUGCUGGAGGCCAUCUGCACUGUCAAGAAGCACCGGCACAUUUGCCCGAAUUCUGGCUUUCUGGAGCAACUCAGGCAUCUCGACAUGGUCCUGGAGCAGGAGAGAGCGACUCAAAAGGAAGGAGUUCGCCCGUCAUCCAGAGUGCAAGAUGCCAUCCAGUUCUGAUCAAUGGAGCCUACUGUGGGCCAACAGGCAGCCUGAGAGUGAUGUCAACCCUAUAUGUCAGGAUGACUGAGUACCAUGGCCCAAGGUGAAUGUUUGGGUGUGUUGAACAAACCCAACAGUGCCAAUGUACUGCACAUGCUUCCCUUAAUAUGAUAAUUAAUUCAGGACGCACGACAAUACACAAAAACAGUUUAUAUAUCAGAUAUAUUUAUGCCUCUAACAAAAAGACAAACUGAACAGUGGCCGGUUAAAAAGAUGGUUUGACUGUUAAAGCAGGAGGGACUGCCGAACAAGAACAAGAACCUCUGAAUGUCAGUGUAAUAAAAGUGGCCCAGACGUAACAGAUAACAGGAAUCAAACCGGUUCUUGCAAGUUCUAAUGGAUGAUAGUUCCUGUGGAUAAUUACUAGCAAAGUUAACUUAUUGUGUUCGGGUCAAUAGCAUGAGAAAUUGACUACUCUGUCUCAUUUGAGAAUCACCCACAUAUGGAAUGCUACAGACACUAUGGUGAAGCAGCCAUCGAUUAUCGCAGGUUAGACUGCAUAACAUCCUGAUUUCAACCACAUCCACGCUGCACUGUCCCAGGAAGCUGAAAGUCUCCAAGCUCCAAGUCUUUCACACUUGAAAGUUUACAAUUAGGAUUGACCAAAGACAAUAACUGAUUGUACUGCACUGUUUCAUGCUGAUAUUUUGAUUAUUAUGAACCUACAAGAGCAUUGUGUUUAAUAUUCAAAUGUAAUCAUGUUGGUGGAAAACUUGAUUUGGUGUAGUUUAUAUCUUUGAGUGAAACCAAUCUAUGACAAAAACAUUUAAUUUGACAUUGCCAUCUGAAGAUAUUGCAUAUGGGAUGAUGUUACCUGUGCAUUAUGCCUGUUAUUACUGGGGAGAAGCACAUGAUGUCAGCGCUGAUGAGAAACCUAACUGUCAGUAAGGUUGUGGGGUGUGGGCCUCCCCCGCUGACCCUCACCAUCUGUGUCUCGUUAUGCACGAGCAGAAGGUGAGCUGCCUGACCUUGCAUCGUAGGGUAAACAUGUGGCAGAUAAAGGUGUCAUGCAAAACACCACAAAGAAGUGUACAUGCUGUUUAAUUCAUUUUUAUACAUGUAAUUAAAUAUUGUAAUACACUAACGUUAUGUGGCUUAA